ACUGACUAGACCCCCACCCCCUUUUUUGAUAAGGGGAUGGGGUGGGAUUGAGGGCUCUAGUGCAUGCCCCACCAGAUGUACUUUGCGAGAUCCCAUGGCUUUUUAUAAAAACAGAAAAAAAAGCAUUUUUGCUUGGUUAAUACCUUAUAAGACCAGGGUUUGUUUAGACUCCCUGUCAGCCAUUUUGUUUCCCGCGGGGCGACAAAGCGGUCCAGCAUUUGUGAUUUGAGUACGUGGUACGGUAAGCUCAGUGUCUUGCACUUAGCAAAUACAUAUUCAGUAAAAAAAAACGUACAUAACACAUUAUGUUGUUUUAAUAGGUAUGGAACGAAACCAGCUUUGACAGUUAUCUCAUCCGUAAAAGUCAAAGUGCACAAAUAGAAUUGUCAACGUGUUUUCACGGACGACUCUGUGUGAUUAUUAUUUAAACUUUCACGAAGGAUAAACCUAAAAUAACGAUUUUAAUUUUGUCCUUUGUGUGUGUGUGUGUGUGUGUGUAAUAUUAUUGUCCAUUGAACUAUAAAUAAAUUUAUGAAAACUAAAGAAUCGUGAAACCGGUGUAUUAUUUCGUUGAUGUAGCCCGAUAAAAGACUUGAUAAAGUCUUGAUGUUCUAGAACAGGGGUCUCCAAACUUUUCAGCCCGAGGGCCGCAUUAACUAUCAAACAGCAGUUCGGGGGCCGACUACACACUCGAGUCCAAAUAAAAAAGAAUCAAAACAUGGAUGAUUUUUUAUAUUAUUUAUGUAAUAUUAUUUCAUUCAGUUAUUAUUUAAAAACACAUUGAUACACGACACAUGAACACCCGUAUUAGUGGGAAUGGUGAAAAUGUUUCCUAGAUGCCAAAAUAUCAGUGAUUAACAGACAUUUCUGGAUUUAGAUUUGAUGUCCCUAACAUCAACAGUGACCUGAGAUUAUCAUUGGAAAAAUGUAUUCUGAAAUUGUACUUCACGUCUUUUGUUCGUGAAAAUGUUUGUUCACACAGGUAUGUUGUUCCAAAGAUUGAAAGGUACAUUGAUGCAAUAGUUUUGAAAUUAGGAAAGUCUUACUUGGGCGAAAACUGGUUAAAAACCCACCAGUCAUUCUUUUAACUUGUCCAUAAGGAGGUCAUUUGCUAGCAACUCAAUGACCUCCAGGUGCUGUUCAUCUGGGCGACUGGCCACAUCUGCUUCAAAUGGGUUUUGAAAAAGUCUCACUUCUUCUGCCUUUAAAUUUAAGUGAAAAAAAAAACGCUGCUGAAACUUCGGCUGAUGAUCUCCCAUGCAAAUGACGUGGGGAACUCUGCUGUUGCUUCGGCCAUGAAGACUAUGCACUGCUGAAAGAGCGUUAAGUUAUUGGCAUGUACUUGUUUCAAAAACAAUACGAGUUUGGAUCUGAAGGCCUUUAGGUGAUGAAUAAAUCAGAAACUUUAUUUUUCUCUCCUUGCAGUUGUAAGUUCAGAAAAUUUAAAUGACUAGUUAUGUCUGCAGCAAAGGCCUAUUUCCAUACCCUCUCUUCAUCAGACGGUAAUGGCUGUGGCUUGCCUUUUUACUUUCCAGGAAGUCACCUAUUUCCUUUCUUAACUUAAAUACUCUGCUCAGAACUUUCUCACAACUUGGCCUCUCGUAUUGCUGUGUAAUAUAGUAAAUCUUGCGAUUCUGUGUCUAAAUCUUUCAACAGGUCUCUGAACUGUCUAUGGUUGAGCCCAUAUGACCUUAUGAAAUUAACUCUCUUCACCCCAGGAUUCAGUACACUGCUAAUGUUCACAUAUUUAGCACACAAAGCUUAUGGCAACUUAUGCUGAAUAAUACAGCGCAGGAACAUUGGUUGCAGAAUUUUUUCUCAUUACACAGCUGCUUUACUUGUCCAGCCAAGACCUUCUUUAUGCCACUCAUGUUAUUUCCCCCUUCAACAGUCAGGCAACUGAGGUUAGUCCAGUCCAAGUUAUAAUCAGCACAUUUUUUUUCAACUCAUUGAAUAUACCCGCUACGUUAACAGUUACGUACAUACUAUGUAGGGAAACCAACUCUUGUGUUAUGUUCAUGUCUUCAUCCCCACCUCUAAUGAACACAAGCAGUUGAGAGGUGGGACAGCUGUCCAGCGAUUCAUCCAUUGCAAUUAAAUUUGGCGAAACUUGCUUGCAUUUUUCGCUAUUUGAGUCACAAUUUUUUCAAAGCUCCACCACUAGAUGGCGUUAUAUCAUCUCAUUGACUGUGAACGGAAGUAGAAAAACUAAGCAGCGAAUAAGGUUUUGCAAAGUAAUGAUCGGUUAGAAAACAUAACGCACCACUGCGCGCCUCUAUUUUAGUUCGGUAAAAACAUAACGUCCACAUAAGCGGCGUCUGAUCUUGGCAGGAUACACGUACAUUUCCGUAAUUUUUCCCGUAGACAAAAACGUCUCCUCGGGCCGCAUAAGGGGGCCUCGCUGGCUGCAUGCGGCCCGCGGGCCGUAGUUUGGAGGCCCCUGUUCUAGAAUGUAAAAAAAAAAAAUAUUUUUUUCAAACAUUUGAAGCUUAUCGUCACUUGGCAUGUUCUUCGUUGAAUUACUUGAUAUGAACAGAUAAUAUAAAUUAUUAUAAUUAUUUUUACUCAUCUUCUUCAUGUUACUGUUAUUAUUAUUGCUGUUAUUAUUAUUAUUAUAAUUAUUAUUGUUAUUAUUGCUCUUAUUAUUAUGAGUGUUAUUAGUGCUAAUUAUAAUUAUAACAUCAUUAAUUACGUUACAUUAUUAUUGUUGUUAUUAUUGUUGUUAAUUUGUUAUUUUUCAACUUUACGCCUGUUAUAAAAAAGACAUCACAUGUACAUCUUGUGUUCAAUAGACUAACUAGCUUGAAAUGAUGUACAGAGCCAUGAUUGCGUUGGCCACCAUUGUCGGCUGCUUAUCGCUCGUGGCCUCCACUCCUGACGUCGAUGUUCUGACACUGGCCAGAGCCACGUCCAGGUUCUCUCUGCAGUUGUACAAGGAGCUGGCCCUCAACCCCACCGUAGCUUUCUAUUCCCCUUUCAGUGCCCACACCGCCCUGUCCAUAGCGUAUCUUGGGGCCAGGGGGACGACGGCCGAACAGAUCAAAACUGUUCUACAGGUCAGUUGGGAAGAGUGUGUUGAGUGGAGCGAAGCAAGCAGAGAGACAGAGGGUGGUUGUAAGGUUGUGUUGAAUGGAGUGAAGCAAGACAGAGGGCGGUUGUAAGGUUGUGUUGAAUGGAGUGAAGCAAGACAGAGGGUGGUUGUAAGGUUGUGUUGAAUGAAGUAAAACGAAGAGAGACAGUUGGGGGGGGGGGUAGUAAGCAUAUGUUGAAUGGAAUGAAGUGAGACAGACGAAAGUUGUAAGCUUGUGCUAAAUGGAAUGAAGAGAGACAGAGGAAAGUUGUAAGCUUGUGCUGAAUGUAAUGAAGAGAGACAGAGGAAAGUUGUAAGCUUGUGCUGAAUGGAAUGAAGAGAGGCAGAGGAAAGUUGUAAGCUUGUGCUGAAUGUAAUGAAGAGAGACAGAGGAAAGUUGUAAGCUUGUGCUGAAUGGAAUGAAGUGAGACAGAGGGCGGUUUUAAGCCAAUAUACAAAGACGCCUGGGGUUAGUUGAACAGAUAAAUGUAUCCUACAAAGUAGGUCUGCUUGCAAGUAUGUUUCAGUAUUGCAUAACAAAGAUAAUAUCAGCUUGACAAGACAAUAUCCUUCAAUGGUUCCGGUCACUCACCGACUGCUGAGUGAGGUAAGUGAAUGUUGAGACGUGGGAUUCCAGCAGUGUGCUAAUCUUGAGUUGCAAACCGUUCUGAGUAAGUGCCUCACAUUAACAUUCAACGAUGUUUGCUGAACGUGUGUGGUGGUCAGUGUGGUCAAGUGGGCAUUGAACGGGAACAGAUAAUACAACUUAAUCAAAUGUGUAUGCAUUUGAUCAUAUUAACCAACAAGUUAAUCCGUGGAAAAAGAGUGCAUCAGAUACCAAGGAAUGUUUUGGUGGUAACUUAGGAACUUCAAAAACAAAACAAAAAAUGAUAUGGUGUUAAGUCUUAAAACUUGUUUGUUUUAAAGAGCAAGAUGAUGUUACUGAAAAAGGGCAGUAAGUUUCAAGGGUCAAGGGUGAUCAAAGGGAGAUAUCAUUUAACAAAAUAUAUAUAUAUAUAUAUAUAUAUAUAUAUAUAAAACGAAAGAGAGAAAAAGGCGAGCAUAUAGCAGAUAUUUGUUAUUUAACUGAACAUGUUGAAAUAAAAUUUCAUUAUUUUGUUUGUUUUAAAGAGCAAGAUGAUGUUACUGAAAAAGGGCAGUAAUUUUCAAGAGUCAAGGGUGAUCAAAGGGAGAUAUCAUUUAACAAAAUAUAUAUAUAUAUAUAUAUAUAUAUAUAUAUAUAAAACGAAAGAGGGAAAAAGGCCAGCUUAUAGCAGAUAUUUGUUAAUUAACUGAACAUGUUGAAAUAAAAUUUCAUUAUUUCUUUCUCUAUCCAAAGUUGGAUUAACAUUGAAAAUUAGAGUUACAAUAGUUUCUAUGAUUUACCUGGUUCAUAUAACAUUCGAUUAACAAUAUAUACUAGGGCUUAACCGGGUGCAGUUUUUGUACACAGGGUCCGGGUAUUUUGAUAAAAGACCCAGUGGGUCCCGUUGUUUAAAAAAAAAGUUAUCUUCUCAUUUUCUAUAAUAUAUGCCGGCCUUUAAACAAUAGCCCUAACGACAGUCCUACACCAUACCCGUGGCACGUUGUUGAUUAAUAUAAUAGUCGCCUCCGAAAAAAAUUGAAACUGUUUAACCUGAGCUCAAACGUCACACAUGAAGCUCGCUGCUUGACAGCUUUUUUUCCUUCCCAGUCGGUACUAUUAAUAUAAAACAUGCUGAGUAGGGAAGGUUCGGUUGCGAAAAAGAAGCAGCCACACCAGAAGCAAACUAUUUAUAAGAUAUAACAUAAAUAUUUCUUUCCAGCUUUCGAGUCUACCCGAACCACACGAUGCCUACAGCAAACUUCUCACUGACCUCAACUCUACGCAACGCGUGACUCUGCUGACCGCCAACGGUCUCUGGGCCAAUCCCACUUUGCCAGUCUUACAGGAAUACAAGGUAUUGAUUACACUUACCAGACGUGUACAUCAUUAGGGAUUUUACAUUCCCCAGGACUCAAUGUACCAAGAUGUCUUUAGUGAGGCGUUAGUCUGGAGGCGCGUAUUGCUCCGUCCCCGGGUGAGCUGUUCGAUAUUAGGGGUUAUGGUCAGGAAAGAUAUCUUCUCUGGACUGUUUACGUCAAAGCAAUGUUUGGAAAUUGAGCAGUACUUUGACCGCAAGUCUCACUACAUCCACAAAGUCGGCCACACAGCAUCCGGGUGAGAAGAGGGCUUCAUUUACGGUAGAUUCAGUGAACAUCUGGGCAUCAUCAAAUAUUCAGCAAAAUUCACCUUCUAAUUCCAUUUAAUUGAAUGAAAUCACACACAAAAAGACAAAUGUGACGUUUACAUGACAGCCGUGGUAACAUACUAUACAGAAAAACCUGCAAGAAUAAAUUCUGUGAACAUAUUGGUAUCACAGUGAGGCAUCAAACAAUUGCGGGAUACAAUUUCCCCGUCAAUUUGUAUGUGCAUCUAAGCUACUUGAAAAGCCUAGCUCCCUAUUCUCCUACUCUUUUUACUCCAUCUAGGCUACUUGAAAAGCCUAGCUCCCUAUUCUCCUACUCUUUUUACUCCAUCUAGGCUACUUGCAAAGCCUAGCUCCCUAUUCUCCUACUCUUUUUACUCCAUCUAGGCUACUUGCAAAGCCUAGCUCCCUAUUCUCCUACUCUUUUUACUCCAUCUAGGCUACUUGCAAAGCCUAGCUCCCUAUUCUCCUACUCUUUUUACUCCCUCUAGGCUACUUGCAAAGCCUUGCUCGCUGUUGUCAUAUUCUUAUAACUCUUAGCGUUAAUUUCAUGUUACCUUAUGUAUUUUAGACCAAAUAAUACUUAAAGAAUUUUAGGCCAAUAAUACCACGAAUUUUAGGCCAAUACUACCAGGAAUUUUAGGCCAAUAAUACCACGAAUUAUAGGCCAAUAAUAUUUCAAGUAAAGUGCUUCAUAAAGGCAAGCUUUCCUUUCAUUUUUUUUUAUUCAUUAAAUUAAAAAAAAAAAUCUCCCCCCCCCCUGUAUUUAGGACAGCGUUGCAAGUAAAUACUUCGCUCAAGUCGGUGUCCUUGAAUUCUCAAAAGCUGGUGGCCCGGAGGGUCCGAUCAACAGCUACAUCGCCCAACAAACUCAGGGCAAGAUAACAGACGUACUGGGCGUCAGGGACGUCAAGCCCGGGACGUCCACCGUCCUGGUCAACGCCCUAUUUUUCAGCGGCGCCUGGAAGUCGCCGUUUGACGUGAGAGACACCAAGACGGGAGCUUUCCAAAAAAAUGAGCGCAUUGAUCUGCAAGUCGACUUCAUGACUCAGGUCGGGACUUUUGACCUCAAGCUGUCCGCCGUUGAGAACGUCGACGUCGUGAGACUCCCGUUUCUUGACGAAAGAUUCGCGUUGUACAUUGCGCUCCCAAACGCGCCUUCAGAUCUAGCAGCUUUUGAGACACAGAUCACUGGGGAGAGCUUUGAUAUAAAUGUUUUGUUCACAGGCUUAACCAGCACAAGGGUGAAUCUAACCCUGCCCAAAUGGAACAUCACGUCCACGUUGAAACUGAACAACGCUCUGAUUGAUUUGGGAAUGCCUGAAAUCUUCACGCAAGCAGCCGACUUUUCGGGAAUUUCCGGUUUGCCCAUCUCGUUCAUGCAGAUUCUGCAGAAGGUGGCGAUAGAGGUCUCAGAGACGGGCACAGUUGCCUCGGCAGCAGACGUUGUUGUGCUGGCAGGGUCAAGGCAAUCAUUCGAAGAACCCCCAGUUGAUUUCAAGGCCGACCACCCUUACGUUUAUUUCCUAAGGGACGACCUGACAGGUCUGAUACUAUUCCAAGGAAAGCAGGCAGAUCCUACCAUAAGUCAUUUUACUGCGGGAGAACUCAGUUAAGACAAAAGUUGAAAAAAAGUCAAAACUGAUUAAAGACCAGUUGCUCUGAUUUGUGCUUUC